AUGGCUGCUACAACUAACGAUACAACGGAGGAACGCCGACGACGGGUGCUACUUGGGCCACUUCCAGCAGGUUUCUUAAGAGCAGAUUCAGAUGGACCACCUGAUUCGGUAGAUGCAGACUACCAAGCUGCAUUAGCCCUGCAACAACAAUUGUGUGGGGCAACAAUGCCAACUGCAGGACCACCACUCACAGCACGUCUCAGCGUCACCAUAGUCCAAGCUAAACUUGUCAAGAACUAUGGCCUAACCCGUAUGGAUCCAUAUGUUCGACUUCGCGUGGGACACUGUAUAUACGAGACGCAGACUGAUCCCAGCGGUGGGAAGACCCCCAAGUGGAAUAAGAUGAUACACUGUCUGCUGCCUCCAGGAGUGAACUCCAUUUAUCUGGAGAUAUUUGACGAGUGUUCCUUCACAAUGGAUGAACUUAUCGCUUGGACACACAUACAGAUACCUGCUGCCGUUCUUAAUGGAGAAACCCACGAAGACUGGUACCCCUUGAACGGAAAGCAAGGAGAUGGAGUUGAAGGAAUGAUCAAUCUCGUUCUAAGUUACUCGGUGGGUCCAGCAGCUGUAGCGACUUUCCCGCCAGUACUGGUGGUGCCCAGUACGGGAAUGGGUUACGCGGCAAUGCCUAUGUACCCAGCAGGGAACGCACAGAACUAUCCGCAGCAACCGCAACAGCCACAGCAGCAGGAACAACCUCAGCCUAUUACGGAAGAACAACUAGCACAGAUAUACGAGAUGUUCCCAAGCAUCGAUAAAGACGUGAUAAAAUCUGUAGCUGAGGUGAACCGUGGUAACAAAGAGGCAACCAUCAACUCACUGCUGCAGAUGUCUGAAUAG